UUCCCAUUCACCAGAAACUUGUAUUGAAGAGAAGAAGCCUCGGAGCGCUGGCAGCAACUACCCCCAGCCGUUCAGACCUCCGCACCUGGGCCAGGGACGGGCUAUGGCUACGUCUAUACUUGGGGAAGAGCCGAGAUUUGGGACCACUCCUCUGGCCAUGUUGGCUGCCACUUGUAACAAGAUCGGAAACACCAGCCCCCUGAGCAGCCUCCCGGAGUCCAGCGCCUUUGCCAAGGGAGGUUUUCACCCGUGGAAGCGCUCCUCGUCCAGCUGCAGCCUGGGCUCCAGCCUCGGGGGCUUCACUGUGGCGACCAGCCGGGCCUCUGGCGCCCUUAGUGGGGGCAGUGCCACCGCCAACAGCGCCUUCUGUCUGGCCUCUACCUCCCCGACCUCGUCGGCCUUCAGCAGCGACUACAGUGGGCUUUUCUCCAACGCCUCGGGGGUCUCCCCGCAGGAAGCCGCGGGCCAGUCGGCCUUCAUUUCCAAGGUGCACGGUGCGGCAGACGGCCUGUACCCGCGGGUGGGCAUGGCUCACCCCUACGAGUCUUGGUACAAAUCCGGUUUCCACUCGGAAGUGACCAACGGGGCCUCCGCCUGGUGGGACGUGCACGCUGCCAGCUCCAGCACCUGGCUGGAGGUCCAGAACCCGCCUGCAGCCGCUGCCGCCCUGCAAGGGGCCCUGCACUCCGGGGGGCCCCAUGGCCAGCUCAGCGGCUACAGCCCGGACUUCAGCUCCCUCACUCAUUCCGCAUUCAGCUCCACUGGCCUGGGUUCCAGCGCUGCCUCCCACCUGCUCUCCACGGGCCAGCACCUGCUCACCCAGGAUGGCUUCAAGCCCGUGCUCCCCUCAUACACGGACUCCGGCAGCUCCAUGCUCUCUGGAGCCUCGGCCUCCUCGGGCGGGGCCACGGGGCGCUCCGCGCGCCGAUACUCCGGAAGGGCCACUUGCGAUUGCCCUAACUGCCAGGAGGCGGAGCGUCUGGGGCCCGCGGGGGCCAGUCUGAGGAGGAAAGGGCUGCACAGCUGUCACAUCCCGGGCUGCGGCAAGGUGUACGGCAAGACGUCGCACCUGAAGGCGCACCUGCGCUGGCACACCGGGGAGCGGCCCUUCGUUUGCAACUGGCUCUUCUGCGGCAAGAGGUUCACCCGCUCGGACGAGCUGCAGCGGCACCUCCGCACCCACACCGGGGAGAAGCGCUUCGCCUGCCCCGUGUGCAACAAGCGCUUCAUGCGCAGCGAUCACCUGAGCAAGCACAUCAAGACACAUAAUGGGGGCGGCGGGGCAGGGGGCAAGAAGGGCAGCGACAGCGACACAGACGCCAGCAACCUGGAGACCCCAAGGUCCGAGUCCCCUGAACUCAUUCUGGAAGGCGUCAGGCCGGGCAAAGACUCUAACAAUGACCCUUAGGAGGUGGCAGCCGCCUCUGGGGGUGCCAAGAGACUCUUCCUUGUAAGGGGCAAGCACUUCUGGAGCGUAGACGGACUUUCACUGGGGGUCCAAGCACUUCUGGGUCUUCAGAGUGACUCUGGAAAAAGGAGCAGCCGCAAUGGCCAAGGUGCAGAGACAGUCCGAUGCUGCAGAGACUGCUUCCUGGAAGGGGCAAACACUUCUGGGCGCAGAAGGACUUUCUGUAGGGGUAGAAGCACUUCUGAAUCUUCAGAGUGACUCUGGAAAAGGAGCAGCCGCCCUUUUUUGACCCUCCUGUCUUUUGCUGACAUUCACCGGGUGGCAAAAAGACAGCAGCACCCGGUGUAAUCCGGUGUAAUCUCUGCGGAACUUUGGGGAAUACGAGAGCAAUAGAAGCCAAGACGUCUGGGCACUACCACUCAUUUUCGGUCUUUUCUUUUCGUGAUUUUACUGAAAAGGCAACAGGGACCUCAAAUUCCACAGUGGAUUAUGGCACAACCAAUCUUUCUGCGUGAUCUAUUUCCAAAUCAAUUUUUAUUUAAUAAAAACAAUAGAAAAUAAAAGAGAAAAUCAUCUCUAACGAUUUUAAGGUGAGAAUCAUUACAAGAAGGAAAAUUCGGACAAUUGCUUUGUAUUUCCUAUAGUCUGUAUAAAAAAGGUUACAAGAGCUUGUGUUGAUUUUCCUUUUCAAUUGUAAAUGUUUACUCGAAUAGUUUAUUUUUUGUGAAUUCCUGAAAUUCAGGAGAAUUUUUUUUUCUUAAUUUCCGAUGCACUUUGUGAAAGUCAAUAUAUAUAUGUAAAAGCUAUUUAAAAUGUUGAUUUAACAUUUCACUCAGACACGUAAAUUAAAUUCACUUAAACAAAUAUUAUGCGUUUAUCUGUAUUAUAUAAAAAAAAACUUGAUAUUUUGAUUUUCGUAUUAUUAAAGAAUUUUGAUCAAUG